AUGCUCGUCAAGGCCUCUUCGUCGAGUCUCGCCGUCUCGCGCGGCGUGCUUCUCGCCGCCCCCUCCGCCGCCGCUGUGCGCACCUACACAUCAACGCGGCCGACCUCCUCCCCCGCCCCUUCGGCACCCGCUAGCAAGCAGGCUAAAGCGUCGUCGCCAGCGCCUUUGCUGCACAAGUCGCAGCUAUCGCCCAGUGCGCCGCCUCCGUCCAAGGAGCCCUACUCGCGCGCCACCGUGGCGAUUGUCAAGGGCCUCGCGCGUCUGAUGGGGUACAACUCGCUCACGUCCACUGCCAUCCGCGUGACAUCCGACGUGUACGAUCGAUGUGCCGAGCGCGCCCACGCCGAGCGCAACUUCUGGUACGGUGACUGUGCGCUGCCCGAGACGUACCAGUCCUGGUUCCAGAUCACCAAUCUGCACGUCUACCUCAUGCUCGCUCGCUUCCGCGCGUUUGACAGUGCGGCCAACCGCACGUAUAGCCAGGAGUUGAUCAACCACUUUUUCAUCGAUGCAGAGUCGCGCAUGCGCGAUCGCUUUGGCGUACAGACCUCGCGCCUCGUCAAGGGCUACAUGCGCGACAUGCACAUGCAGCACCGCGGCAGCAUCCUGGGCUACGACGAAGGUCUGGCGUCCGGCGACGUACGAUUGGCCCAGGCAGUGUGGCGGAACAUCUGGGGCGCGGGUUGGGGCACCGUCGCCGGUGUCAAGCGCAAACUCGCCGGUGUGGACAAGCUGGUGGAUGGUGAGAAGGACGAUCCGGAAGGUCAACCCGAGCUGGCUCGUGAUGCAGCUUCGUUGGAUCCGAGGAUUGCAUCCAGGCCCAAUGCAAGUGCGUAUGCGCGCGCGGCCUCGGCAUCGUUGGCUGCAGACCGCGCAAAUGCUCAGCCCUCAACUCUGCCUCCCGAUGCAGAGAAUCCAGCUACAAUGCCUGCACCUGGCAACAUCCUGCCGGCACUAGACCCGCUGGCGGCUGCCCACCCCGAACUCGCCUUCCCACACCACCUCCACCGCAUCGUCACAUUUAUUCGUGCCGAAAGCAGCAGGUUGGCCAACCUCUCGGACCGCGAAAUCAUGCUCGGCAUGGUCCAGCCAAAGAAUCAGGGCAGUCGUGGCGAUGGACCUGCCGGCGCUUCCACCAGCAUUGCCGCUUUCCGUCGCAUCUAG